AUCAUGAAUGGAUAACCGAUCAAGUGGACAGACAGGAUCAAUUAAAUUAAUUUGGAUUAACGUGUGCAUACCUGCGUGGAUUUGGACAGAUGUGAAAACCCCGGUGUGUGUGGAUCAGCAGCAUCACUGAACAUCAUCAUCUAGUUUGAUCUACAAAAGACAGCAAUACAUUUCUAUCUAAACAAGUGUUUCACUUAAGGCAGGUUUCCGUUCUCUUGUAGUGAUCUGAAGUGUUUUGAUGGAGGGUGCAGUGGGGUUCAGGCAUCAACUCUUGUAGGGUUUCAACCUUCAACAUUUCUGUGAACAGCUGAGAUCUUCAACCACUGAGUCACUACUCCAUCCUUGAAGACCUGAGCCGCUUAUGUGUGUGUUUGACGCACCGCGCGACGCAGAAGCGUCUAUGAGAAACGCGUCGCGAUCCUCACUGACAUGAGUCUGAUCGAUCAUGGCCAGGAACACUUCUCUGUUCUUUCGCAUCGUUGAGGGACGAAAUCUGCCCGCUAAAGAUGUUUCUGGCACCAGUGAUCCGUACUGCAUCGUUAAAGUUGACAAUGAGGUCGUGGCCAGAACAGCGACUAUCUGGAAAAACUUGAAUCCAUUCUGGGGGGAGGAUUACACUCUUCAUCUGCCAAUGGGCUUCCAUACGCUCACAUUCUACGUCAUGGACGAAGACACUAUUAGUCAUGAUGAUGUCAUAGGAAAAAUCUCCCUGAGUAAAGACGUGAUCGCUGCUCAACCCAAAGGUUUAGAUAACUGGUUAAAUCUGACUCGUGUGGAUCCAGAUGAAGAGAUUCAGGGUGAGAUUCAUUUGGCUCUGGAUCUCCACAGGGACACUCAGAGGACCUGCCUACACUGUCACAUCAUUGAAGCCCGAGAUUUGGCUCCACGUGAUAUCUCUGGUACCUCCGAUCCUUUCACCAGAAUUAUCUACAACAACAUCAGCGCUGAUACAUCGAUCAUAAAGAAGACACGGUUCCCACACUGGGACGAGACUCUGGAGUUGUGUUUGGAUAAUGUAGAGAAUGAUGGAGGAACCAUCAUGGUGGAGGUCUGGGACUGGGACAUGGUGGGCAAGAAUGACUUUCUGGGGAAGGUGGAAAUCCCUCUGUCGUGUCUGCACAGAACUCCAGUACUUCAGGGCUGGUUUCGUCUUAUGCCACUGGGAAACACAGAAGAUGACGCUGGGGGUAAACUGGGUGCUUUGCGUCUGAAGGUUCGUCUGGUAGAGGAGAGAAUUCUUCCGUCUGUAUACUAUCAGCCUCUGAUCGAUCUGCUCAUGGAGACGGUCAUCUCUCCAUCCGAGGUCAAUGACCCGACACCUUUGACCCUGCUGGAAGAGGUCACCACAGUAGAGAGUCGUCAGGACGUCGCCAUGACGCUGGUGAAGAUUUAUCUCGGCCAGGGUUUGGUUGUGCCAUUUCUGGACCUCCUGAACACUAGAGAAGUCCACAACACCACAGAUCCAAACACACUCUUCCGGUCAAACUCACUGGCCUCCAAAGCGAUGGAACAGUUCAUGAAGGCUGUGGGAAUGCUGUAUCUACAUGAGGUUCUGAAGCCUAUAAUUAAUCGAAUCUUUGAGGAACGGAAAUACAUCGAGCUUGAUCCGUGCAAGAUAGACUUGAACCGCUCCAGACGAAUCUCAUUUAAAGGAGGCGUGUCAGAAGCGGAGGUGAGAGAGAGCAGCGUCGGUCUGCUGCAGACGUAUCUCACCAGCAUCAUGGAGGCCAUCGUGAGCUCAGUGUCCCAGUGUCCUCCUGUGAUGAGGGUCGUGUUCAAACAACUCCACAAACGAGUGGAGGAACAGUUUCCAGAACCAGAGAAUGAGGAUGUGAAGUAUUUGGCCAUCAGCGGCUUCUUCUUCCUGCGUCUGUUUGCUCCUGCCAUUCUGACACCCAAACUCUUCCAGCUGAGAGACCAUCACGCAGACACACGCACCAGCAGAACUCUACUGCUGCUCGCCAAGGCUCUUCAGAGUGUUGGUAAUCUGGGGUUACAGUUGGGUCACGGGAAGGAGCAGUGGAUGACCCCUCUGCAUCCCAUCAUUCUUUGCAGUGUGGCGUCUGUUAAAGAUUUCCUGGACAAACUCGUGGACAUCGACCACGAUAACGUGUGUGAAGCUCCUCAGCGCACCAUGUUUUUACCAUCAGUCAUCGUUAAGGAAGGUUUCCUGCAGAAACACAAAGCUGACGGGCCGCAGCUCAUCAAACGCUUCACUUUCAAGAAACGAUAUUUCUGGCUCAGCUCAGAGACGCUGUCGUACGCCAAGAGCCCCGACUGGCAGGUCCGCUCCUCUAUCCCUAUCCAGUGUGUGUGUGCGGUGGAGAGAGUAGAUGAAAACGCAUUUCAGCUGCAGAACGUCAUGCAGGUUAUCACAAAGGAGACAGAUGGACAACUGCACACCACAUACCUGCAGUGCAAGAAUGUGAAUGAACUGAAUCAGUGGCUUUCGGCGAUCAGGAAAGUGAGUAUUUAUAACGAACACAUGCUGCCGUUAUUCCACCCUGGAGCUCACCGUAGUAACAAAUGGACCUGCUGCCUGCAGCCCGACCGCACAGCGUCGGGCUGCAGUCGGACUCAUUCUGCUGUGACUCUGGGCGACUGGACUGAUCCAUUAGAUCCUGAUGCUGAAACACAGAUCAUUUACAAAGAACUGCUGCAGGGACGAGACAAACUCAGGAAGCAGUACCUGGAGAGACAGGAAACACAGUCAGAUGAACAGGAAGAGACGUCGAUAAAGGCCAAUCACAUGUCAUCAGUUUGUGCGCAGGGUCGCUCUGAGCGUGCACGGGCCGUCACCUCGCGUCUGCUGGACGUUAUUCUGGAUUUAGAGCGAGCUCAUUCGUCCUUCCAGAGUCGAGAGAGAGACGAGAGCGGUCCGCUCAUACUGACCUCGUAAAGAACGUUACAGAUCCUGAAGCUGAUGCAGCGAACAAACUGUAAAAUUACAAUUAUGCAAUCUGACGGUGAUGUUCUUGAAUGACUCAGAUACUUUGGCUUAAUUGAUAUUGUACAAGUCUUUGAAUCAAACACAAGUUACACUGCAAAAAUUGUUUUCUUAAUCUGUAUUUUUGUUUUGUUUUCCAGUCUAAAUAUCUAACAUCCUUAAAACAAGAUAUAUUACCGAUAGAAACAAAAUUGCAUAAGAUUCAAUCACUUGUUUUCAGAAAAUAUGCUGUACAUUGAUGUGUUGUUUUACUGGCAGUUUUUGUUUUUUAGGAUUAUUAUUAUUUAUAAAGUUUUAUGCUUUAACCCUUAUGUUGUGUUCUGAUUCAAAUGACUUUUUUUCACACACACACAAACACACACACACACACACACACACACACUCACACACACACACACACACGCAAGCACACACUCAUGCAGACACAUACACACACACACACAGACACACAC